UUCAGAUUCGACGGGUUUGUGUUUCCGGUGCCGUCAUCCAGCGCGCGCGUGUUGUCUGAGCCUCGGCUCGAGCAGGAUCCCUUCGGCUCGGAUGCUGCCGCCGCCGCCGCCGCCGCCUCUUUCAGCACCUCGCCACUGACAUGACGGCGGGGACAGAGGGCGCAGAGACAGGCACGGUGGGGACGUGGGAACCGGAAACCGAGCGCAUCCGAACCGCGUCGCGUGCGCAACCGAGCGCGGGGACAAACGCCAAGGGCAGUGCGGCACUCCGCGGGAGGAGAGGUGGAGGAAGAGGAGGAAGAGGAGGAGGAGGUGGUGGUGGAGGAAGAGAAGGAAGAAGGGGGGGUCGAGUAGAGCUACCUUUCACCUCGUUUCUCUACACUCUUCUUUAUUCCUUUCAUUUUUAUUGUUUUUCCCUCCAAAAUGGCUUAAACGCGCGCGCGACAUCCGUGUCAUUCCCUUUGGUCGCUUGGUAACCCGCAGUGGCGCUCGCGACCCACAUCGCUCUUUCUGAAUGAAUAGACCUUAAUUUAAAUACAGCUGAAAUUCUCUCUUUCCUUUAUUAUUAUUAUUAUUUUAUUUCACAAAGUCGGAGUGUUAAUUAAGUAAUUUAUGUCAUUAUCAGUUCUUUAUAGAUUCUGCUUUUUUGUUAUCAUAAAAUAGCGACACUUAUCCGCACUAGCUAACUAGGCUAGCUUCCUAGUGAAUGUCCGUUACUUUUUUGACGUCAGUUUAAAAAAAAAUAGAGCUCGCGAGCCACUUAUUAUUUGUAUAAACUAAUUAACGUGUUAAUUAUUAAUAGUUAAAUAAUUUCUUCUUAAACUUCUUUAAGAAAACCUCAGUAUUUGAUUUUUUUUUGCUAAGCUAACUCCGCAACUUCAUUAAUGUAUUCAGGGAAAGUUAGCUAGUGAUGUUUUAUCCUUAGCUAGCUUAGCUUACCUUAGCUACUGCUACAGCUACAGCAGGCUAGCUAACUGUUUUAAACGGAUCUGUUUAUGUGUUAGGAAGAAAUGGCUAUAUGUGUAAUAUUUAAUGAAGAAACUGAUAUUAUUGUUAUUAACCAAACCUUUCAAUCACACUGCAUAAAAAUUACCUCAGAAAUAGGAGCAUAGCGGCAAAGCUAAUUUUGUAGCCUGACAACAGCUCACUGUGUGUGUGUGUGUGUGAGUGUGUGUGAGUGUAGUUCUACACUACAAUACAUUAUUAGCAAUACGUCAACGUUUUUCCAGGUGGUAAGGUGCAAGCGUUACUGUUACAUUGCUAAGGGACUUGAACAUAUGAGCGUAAGGCUCCGAACUGUCUUGUUCCUGCCGUCGCUUCUCGCGAUCGCGCUCGCGCUCCUCGCAGGCGGGGCCAUGGGCUGCCUCCAGAGCGUGGCGUGUAAGCCGCGCGUGCGGCGCGAGAACAUCGUGGUCUACGAGGUGUCGGCGUCCAUCGACCGGAGCCCCACGGUGGUGGAGGAGAACUCGCCCAUUGUGCUGCGUUACCGGACGCCCUACUUCCGCGCCUCCGCCGGGGUCGUGAUGCCGCCCGUGCCCAGGAACGAGACGUGGACGGUGGGCUGGAUUCAGGCGUGUACGCAGAUGGAGUUUUACAACACGUACGGAGACGCGGGCGCGUCGAGCUGGGAGCUGCCGGAACUGCGCGAAGGCCGCGUGAAAGCCAUCAGCGACUCAGAUGGCGUCAGCUACCCGUGGUACGGCAACACUACAGAAACCGUGACUAUCACAGGUCCGACGUCCAAGCCGUCGCGCCUCACCGUCAGCAUGAACGACAACUUCUACCCGAGCGUGACGUGGGCGGUGCCCGUGGGCGAGAGCAGUGCCCCGGCACUCACUCGCGUCACUCGUGACCAGAGCUUCAUCACGUGGUUGGUGGCACUGAACACUGUGACGCGUGAGAAGAUCCUGCUGCAGACGGUGAGGUGGCGCAUGCGGGUCGACAUUGCCAUCGAUCCUACGAUGCCGCUGGGCUCCCGAGCUACUCUGGUCAGCCAAACGUACCAGGAACAGCCGCUCAUCCUCACCAACAAUGAACCCAUUCCGCCAAACGCACUGACGAGACCCAACGCCAAUGAUGCACAGGUGUUAAUGUGGAGGCCAAGGAGGGGGCCACCGCUAGUCGUCAUCCCCUCCAAAUAGACCAGUUAGUCAAAACUGGAUCACGGUGUAAUGUGGCAAAAAUGCAUCCAUUAGCAUCUGUCUGCCCUCUGUGCAGGAGUAUGGCAUCAUGGAAAAUCGUGGGAGGGUUAGUGGACGGUUUUACAAAUGAAUGGUCAAAACUUGUCUGUGCGUGAGCAAUGGAUGAUGGGAAAUGAAGGGUUCCUCAAUGAUGGACUGCUAAUGGAGAAAUGAAUCCCAAUGCUGAGAAAGGUGAAAAAUCAGUUUAACAGUUAUGUCGGACUGUAGGGUGACGCUCCUCAGUGCAGGACGAUAAGUACCCUAAUCUUGAUCAGUGAUUGAUUGAUACAGACUUCAUUGUGCACAAGCAAGUGGCACUGAAUUACACCAAACUCGAGAAGUAUUAUUAGUAUAAGAAGCUUCAGAUCUUUCACACCGCUUUAGAGAAUGCUAGCAGAGAUGCUUAGCUAGCAAACAUGACUCAAGCAGUGACUGAGAGGUGUAGCAUGAUUAGCGAUGUCUCACACACACACACACAGACACACAGAAAGCUGGUAGGAGUGUGUUUCUGUCCUCCUGCCUGAUCCGGAACGAGUUUCCCCUCACUCUUCCUCACUCAGGUGCUGCACUGUAGGCAGUUUCCAUAUUAGCACACACUCCAUCUGUCCUCCAUCCCUCCUGCAUCCCUCUCUCCCGUCCCCCAUCUGUCCUCCACCCCACCCCGUCCUCUCACACAGACACUCUGCAGGUCCUUUCAGCAUUAAUUUUCCAUCACGUAAACCUCCUACACCCAAGCAUAGCUAAUUAUUGUUAAUCAGCACACACACAGACAAAUUAAAUGAAUGUGGAAAUAAAUCAUGAUUAUUCUCGGGUAAAGGAAAUGCAGGCAGUCGAAAUGAAAAUGCCUUCAAAAGUUAGUCUGCAUGUGGUUAGUUUCUCCAUCAGUCUUUUUCUGUCUCUCUUUUUCUUAUUCUUUUUCUAUAUCUCAUUGUCUCUAUCUGUCACUAUUUAUCUGUCUAUCUAUCUACCCAUCUAUCUAUCUUUAAAUUAUUCUCCAGUUAGCUCCCAGGUUAAUUCCUGACCCUUUAACCCUAUCAAGCCUACAAGGUAAUCAUGUGACUAAGGCGGUCUUGUGACUGGAGAGCUCACACAUGCACACACCCACACCCACACCCACACACACAGUGUUGUAUCAAACCAGGAUGUUAAACACCAGCAGCAUAUUUGGACGUCACACCUGAAAAUCAUUUUGAUCUUAAACGAUGACAUUUUCUUAGAGGAAAAAUAAACUAGUUUCUCAAAAUUGAAACAAAUAAUUAAAUGAAAGACCUUUCUUGAAGAUCAACACUUAACGCCUCUGCAGCUGAUUUCACUUUGAAUAUUGCUUCUUCGUAUCCAUAUCAAGUCUAUGCAAUGGCUGCACACGUGCUAGCUAACUGUUAAGAAGAAGAAGCCUCGGACUCAGAGCAUGGAAAG